AUGACCUCCUGCUUCAGGACAAUGAAACAAAAGACUAACCACGCUCGCAGGACGCUGAACCAUCUCAUCUCCUCAUCAUCCAGUAAGAACCGGGCUUUGAACUGUGCUCUUUACCCUUUCAGGCUGUUUCUUAGUUUCUGGUUUGGAAUCCCAAUGAUCAACUACGUCUUGGACUUCUUCGGCAUCUCAGAUCAGCUCAACGGGGUGAUUUACACAUCACGUGAUCGCAUCACGAAAGAGAUGUGGGAGUUCAUCUUUCAGGAGGUUAUGCGUAGAUCCAAAUCUUUUGAUGGCGCAGAGAAUGUCAACGGAAUAUAUUCGACAAGAGGUGAGUGA